UGAGAGCUGGGUUUGGCAAACCUGCAAGGGAAGCAUGAAUGCAGUUCCUCUGCUUUUUAUUAAUAGGUACAAAGGAACCCAACUUACAGAGGCACUGUUUUAGUGAUUUCUGAAUUCAUGGAUUAAAAAAAAUCUAGCAGCAAAAGAACCUGAAUUAAAGGGUGAGGGGAAAAUGUGGCACCACGUGAACAAAAAUAAACCCAGAAGCUGUCCUUGCUCUGCGGCAAAACUGCCCCUUCACCCCAGGCAGCCAGCGGCCGCAGCACUGAGCUGGCCUGUGGUUAAUAAUAAAUGGCUGUCAGCCCCACAGCUCCGGCCCCUCCGUCACGCCUUCUGCCAGGGCUGCCCCGGCACAGCUCCAGAGCCCACCCAGCCUCGCACACGUGACGGGGCCUGGAGGACUAUCCUUCUGUACAAGAUGAUUGCGAAGAUAACCUGUAGACUGGCAAAACACAUGUCCACUGAGACACACAGGACCACGCAGGUGAGAAGAUUUCUGCAUGGUGCUUAUUUCAGGAUUCAGCCCUCCAUACAGGAAGCCCUGGUGGAGGGGAGACCAGUCGUAGCCUUGGAGAGCACCAUCAUUACACAUGGCAUGGCCUAUCCUCAGAAUCUGAGCAUGGCCAGAGAGGUAGAAAAAAUUGUAGUGAGAAAUGGAGCAGUGCCAGCCACUAUAGGUAUUUUAAGGGGUCAAAUCCACGUGGGACUCACAGAUGAGGAACUUCAGUUCUUGGCAAGCAGUAAAAAUGUAGUUAAAGUGUCUCGGAGAGAUCUUCCUUAUGUCCUCAGCCAGGGCUUGUCUGGUGGAACUACCGUAUCCGGAACAAUGAUUGCAGCACACAAAGCAGGAAUCCAUGUGUUUGUGACAGGAGGCAUUGGAGGUGUCCAUCGGGGAGGAGAGAACACUCUGGACGUGAGUGCUGACUUGACAGAGCUAGGACGAACUCCAGUCGCCGUUGUAUCUGCAGGAGUCAAGUCUAUCCUUGAUAUUGGCAAGACACUUGAGUAUCUGGAAACUCAGGGGGUCUGUGUGGCUGCCUUUGGAGAGUCAAGGAUGUUCCCAGCCUUCUUCUCACACCAGAGUGGCUUCCAGGCACCGUAUAAUGUCCAGGAUGAAGAGGAGGCAGCUAAACUUAUCGCCAGCACUCUGGGGCUAGGCCUGAGCAGUGGCGUGCUGAUAGCAGUGCCCUGUCCCCAGGAGCAAGCUGCCUCGGGCCAGGUUAUUGAAGAUGCCAUCCAGCAAGCUCUCAGUGAAGCCAGGUCCAAAGGGAUUACAGGCAAAGAACUGACCCCUUUUAUGUUACAGAAGAUCAAUGAAUUAACCAACGGGAAAUCACUGGACUCCAACCUUGCUCUGAUCCAAAACAAUGCCAGAGUGGGCAGCUGCAUUGCAGUGGCCCUGAGCAAGCUACAGAAAGCCACGAGGAAGGGGAACUUGCCUCACAGAGGGGACACAACCCCACCUCAUCCAGUGGUGAUUGGAGGUAUCAACGUUGACUUUAUAGCCAAGGCGCAGAACUCUGUCAUCCUGGGCGGCGGGCAGACAAACGUUGGAAGAGUGAGACGAACUUUUGGCGGCGUUGGAAGAAACUUGGCAGACUGUUUAAGCCGUCUUGGGCUGACCCCUCUCUUUCUGUCAGCUGUGGGGAAGGAUGAACAUUCAGAGUCCGUCCUGCAAUACUGUCACCACAUGGACAUGAGUGCUGUCCUGCAGCUGGAGGGGAAGAGCACAGCCACUUACAGUGCUGUGAUCACCAGUGCUGGGGAGCUGAGCAUCGGUUUGGGAGAUAUGGACAUCCACCAGCAGAUUACAGAGCAAUAUGUGUCCCAGUUCAAGGAGAAUCUGUGCCAGGCCCCACUAGUUUGCAUUGAUGGAAACGUGCCUCUCUCCACUAUCCAGUAUGUCUGCCAACUCGCUAGAGAGCAUCAGCUAGCAGUGUGCUACGAGCCGACAGAUGAGAACAAGGCCUCUAAGCCAUUCCUCUCAGACAGCUGGAAAGCACUCACAUACAUUUCCCCCAACCUGCAAGAGCUAAGAGCAAUAAACCGGACUCUUGGGAACCCUCUGCCAGCAGAGGCACCAUCCAGGCUGGAGGACAUUAUCAAGAUGGCAACAGCCUUGGCCCGCCCUUUGCUGUCCCACCUGUGCUGUGUGGUCGUGACCCUCGGUGCUCACGGCGUCCUCCUGUGUGGCAGGAGCCUGGGAGAGAGCAUCUCUCUUCGCCCAGCACCACACGAGCAGAGCGCUGCUGCCGGCCUCUGUGCCAUCCACUACCCCGCCAUCCCCGUCAGCAGGGAGCAGAUAGUCAACGUCUCAGGAGCCGGUGACAGUUUAAUGGCAGGAAUUGCCGCAGGGAUGCUCGCCAACCACGACACAGACACCUGCGUCCGGAUGGGUCUGCUGGCUGCACGCUUGUCUCUCUGUUCCUAUGAGCCCAUUUCCCCAGAAAUCAGCACAACCACUGUCAGCCAGGAACAAGUCCAGAGCAAGCCCUGGCCAGAGGCAAAGGUAUGGAAGCUGGACUAGAUUGGCAUCGUUUUCUCAUCCAUCACCUCCUCGUGCACCCAGCAGUACUGUCUCCAGGAAUUAGGCCACGUUCUCAGUUUCAAGCUCAAAAGCUGACUAGAGGACUUGAGCUGCUGGUACACACUGCUUUUUGGGAGGUGAAGUGCCAAUGGAAUGCAUCUGGUAUCAACUUGUAUUGCACUGUUCAAUUUCAUGUUUUUCUGUUGUUGCUUCCUCUCUCUCUCACAAGUUACAGCAACCACAGCUUUGGUCUUCUGUCUGCAGUCUGCCAGUAGUUUAUCUCACAUCCCCAUGUAUGGGGAACACUCACCUAUUUUGGUUUGGUGUAAAACAUCAGGGAAGGAGGCCUCAGCCUAGGGAACUUCUUUGUAAAGAAAGGCUGGCUUCUGAUCUUCAGAUCUCACAUUUCCCUGAAGUUCCAGUCCUUCUAGAUGUUCUACUGAGGGGCUUCCCCUUCCUCUGCCUCACAUCACCGUUGUCCUCUACCAUGGUAGCUCCUGUGUCACUGACUCCCAGAUCUCCAGGACCAUGUCUUCAGGUGGACCCAGUAGCUACUUACCCCCAUUUAUCUCCAAGAGGUUUCACGGACCACAACCAGUGUUAAGCUGCAGCUGGCAGGGACAUAAUGCCGUAGGACAAUCUCACAGACCUUCCCAAGCUAGCCAGCAAGUGCUGCAUUUUCUUGGUCAUUUCCAUGGAGGAGGGGAAACACAACCCUUCUUUACAGAUGGCCACACAAGCUGUGUAGCUCAAAUGACUGUGCCACAUUUAUAGCUAGUCCAUGGCAAAGCCAGGAACAGAGCAAAACUUCCUUGACCCUGUUCAGGAUAGGGCUGCACAGCAAUCCCUCUGCUUUUAACACCUCCAGCAUCUUUAUUAGCAAGGACAGCCCUACUUAGGUCAGUUUGGUAGGAAGUCUUGCUACAAGCAAGUGGCCACAAGUUGGCAGAGCCAACUUGCCUGUGGCGGAGCCAUUCCCAUCCAGAGGUGAGGACAGUGGUCAAAAGAGCUACAGGGAACACCUACUGAGCAAUUACAAAUGCCCAAAUGAGGGCUUUAAAAGAUGAUGGAUGAAGGGUUCAUUGGGCUUUUCUCCCAUUCCAGCUCAGAGCCUGGCACUUUUCCAUCAAAUUUGGCUAGGGAUGGGCAAAGAGCUGAGAGGGUCUGAGGGCUGUGACAGAGCAAUGACAAAGUUCUGUCACAUCAGCAUUAUCUCUCCAAGGUAUCGUGAUAAAAAUACAGCAGAUGCCUUUACAGAGACCAAAGGGAUCCAUACACACAUUGACCAGCAGCCCCUCUUUAUUGAGGCCAUGUGUUGUUCAGCUGAAAUGCUGUGCUUGCACCAAACAAAUGUAUCCAUCACCAAGAGGAGCUGGGUGGCCUAGUGGGAGGGUGCCGGCCUGUUUGGGAGGGCAGGGAGGGGGACAGGCCCCCACAAGCAGCCUGGUUUGCUCACAGGAGAGGUGGGACACGGCAGGGGCGGGGGAAAAGAGCCGUGCGCCGGUGCUAUAAAAGUGACUUCCAACCAGCGCUGGGGAAGAGAGGCAGCUUCAACUUCAGCUCCUGUUCCCAAGCCUCACUGAGCAGAGCGUCCCCGAGCCAAGCCGGGUCCUGAGGAUGGAGGUCCGGGCGCUGACAGCUGCUGCCCUGCUGCUGGCACAGCUCUCCCUGGCCCCAGCACACAUAGAAGCACUGGGGGACUGGGCAGCCCUCCCAGCAAGGCAGCUCGGAGCUGGGGGCCCCACAAACAACCCUCAGCCAGCUGCAGAUGGAGAGGACAACCAUGCAGAUGGCAACCAUCCCCAGGCUGCAGCGUGGGAAGCUCUGGCAGCGCACCACCGCAGCUCUGGGGGUCCGGGCAAGGCCACGGGCAUUGGUGUGCAGGACUUCCUCAGCAGGCCCCGCAGGAGCCCACCACAGCCCUUCCACAGCAGGAGCCUGGGGCUGAGCCAUCACCUGAAGGGCUAUGGGAAGUUCAACACCGACACGCACUCCUGCCGUGGCAUCCAGAGCCGGCCCUGCCAGAAGCCCUCAGACUGCGGCGGCUGCCUGGGCCUCUACACCUGCAGGCCGCCCGGCACCUGCGGCCUGAAGGCCGUCUCCCGGCAGAGAGGGGGGUUCCUGCAGAGCAUCCAGGGGCAUGCCAUCCUGGAGCAACGCAGCUAAGCAUGAAGCUGGAGGGGCUGUCCUGCCGCUGAGACCAACAUCUCCUGCUUGAGUUUCAUGUUCAAUCCUUAAUUAAACAGCUGUAAAAUGUU